AGUCGGCAGUACCAUCGAGAAAUGUCAUCCGUCAUGCAUUACUACCCAGUGCACCAGGCCAAGGUUGGCCCCUAUACAGCAGCUCCUUCCGAGGUGAAAUAUAGUGAUUUACUCUAUGGUCACCAUCAUGCUGCGAACGGUCUGCCACCCAGCUACAACCAGAUGAACUCCAACCCCACCACCCUCAACGAUCACUGCUCCGCGCAGCAGCAGCACCACCAGCAGCAGGUGUCCUCGGAUGAGAACCUGCCGUCCCAGUCCAGCCAGGACUCGCAAAGGGUGAAGCUGAAGCGAUCCCGUACAGCCUUUACCAGUGUCCAGCUGGUGGAGCUGGAGAGCGAGUUCAAGAGCAACAUGUAUCUGUACCGGACGCGGAGGAUCGAGAUUGCCCAGCGACUGUCCUUGUGCGAACGCCAGGUGAAGAUCUGGUUCCAGAACCGACGCAUGAAGUACAAGAAGGACAUCCAGGGACCCCGCGAGACCAAGGCUAGUGCCAAGCUGGCUCAGCCCCAGGCGGAGCAGAGUGCCCAUCGCGGGAUAGUGCAGCGCCUGAUGUCAUACUCCCAGGAUCCCAGGGAGACCGCUGCUGCAGCGGAAAAGCGUCCAGUGGUGGCAGUAGCUCCGGUGAAUCCCCAGCCAGAUUACGUGCAGACCAAAAUUAAGUCCGAAGUAGCAACUUGCCAUGCUGUCAAUCACAGCAGCAACAGCAUGUGUUCCAGCUCCGAUCUCAGCGAGAUCUUGGAGCACCUGGCUCAAACUACGGCUGCUCCAACCACCAGCAUUUCCACAUCAGGAGCCUCUUUCAACGCAAAUUCAGUGACGAGUUCCACAUCAGGACACUAUUCCUACAAUGUGGACUUGGUUCUGCAGAGCAUCAAGCAGGAUUUGGAGGCAGCGGCCCAUGCCUGGUCCAAGUCAAAGUCAGCACCCCUACUGGCCACUCAGUCCUGGCAUCCGAAUUCCCAAGCCCAGAUCCCCACGAGCGUGCAUGCUGCUCCUUCCAUGAAUCUGUCGUGGGGCGAGCCUGCUGCCAAGUCCAGAAAGCUGAGCAUCACCCACAUAAAUCCCUGUGUCACGAGCUUUAACUAUCCAAAUUAAUUAUUUAAGUCAAUCCUUCCUUAGUAUUUAUAAGUUUAAUUUUUGUUAAGAGCUAAGCAAUCGUCUUUGGCACUUGGACGCAAAAUUCUAACCCAACUCAG